GGAACAUUGCACUGUGCAACAAGGCCCCCGUACAUCUGCCAUUCCCCUGCCAGGCUGUAACUGCUGCGCUUUCCAGCACUCCAGCCCGCUUCCACUCAGUGGAGCAAUGGCGCUCCAGACUGUGCUAGAGACUGUAGAACGUGGGGAGCAAGAUACUGUCCUCAAGGUGCUGCAGAUCUACAACCAAGAGAAGUCUCAGUGUUUCACCUUUGAAGAUGAGGAACAAGAAGAAAGGAAGAAGCUGGCUAUGCUUCUUAUCAAGUUCUUGGAGAGAGAACUCCAGCCGUCUUGCCAAGUCACAUGCUUGGAAAGCAUACGUAUCCUGUCCAGGGACAAAGGCUGCCUUGGCCCUUUCUCAACCAUGGAGAGCCUGAAGACGCUAGCUAGGCAUGCUGGGAUUGAUUACAUGGAAGAACAGAUUCGGGAGAUUCCAGACCUGGACGUGAUCCUGGAGGCACUUAAGUGCCUGUGCAACAUUGUCUUCAGCAGCCACGAGGCUCAGGAGCUGGCCUUUGAAGCCCGGCUUGUGGUCGGCCUCACAGAUCGCAUCAAACUCUACAAUGAAAGAAACCUCCCCCACGACAUCAAGUUUUUUGACUUGCGUCUUCUCUUCUUGCUGACGGCCCUGAGGGUGGACAUCCGGCAGCAGUUUGCGCAGGAACUCCGGGGCAUCGGUCUGAUGACGGACACGCUGGAGCUCACGCUGGGAGUGAAGUGGAUAGAUCCCCAUGAGGUAGCUGCAGAGGAGAACCCUGCCCUGCCCUUGCCUCGGCAGGAGGCAGAGCGUGCCAUGGAGGUCCUGAAGGUGCUCUUCAAUAUCACUUAUGACACCAGCAAGAGAGAGGUGGAUGAGGAAGAUGCUGCUCUGUACCGACACCUGAGUGCCCUCCUCCGUCACUGCCUGAUGAUUUCAGCAGAUGGUGAGGACCGAACCGAGGAGUUUCACAGCCACACAGUGAACCUCCUGGGCAAUCUGCCCCUCAAGUGUCUGGACGUCCUGCUGCUACCCAAAGUGCAGCCGGGCUCACUUGAAUACAUGGGAGUCAACAUGGAUGCUGUCAACGUUCUGCUGGAUUUCCUUGAUCGACGUCUUGACAGGGGUCACAAGCUUAAGGAGAGUCUGACUCCUGUGCUGAACUUGCUGACUGAGAGUGCCCGGGCUCACCGGCAGACAAGGAAGUUCCUUAAAGCUAAGGUGUUACCCCCACUGCGUGAUGUGAAAAAUAGACCUGAGGUGGGGAAUUUACUGAGGAAUAAGCUUGUGCGCCUCAUGACUCACAUUGACACCGAUGUGAAACAUUGUGCAGCAGAGUUCCUCUUUGUUCUCUGCAAGGAGAGUGUGGCACGGUUUGUGAAAUACACAGGAUAUGGGAAUGCUGCUGGGCUUUUGGCAGCACGAGGCCUCAUGGCUGGUGGCCGGGCAGAUGGUGAAUACUCUGAGGAUGAAGAUACUGAUACAGAGGAGUACAAGGAAGCAAAACCCAAUAUUAACCCAAUAACUGGACGAGUGGAGGAGAAACUUCCCAACCCAAUGGAGGGGAUGACAGAAGAGCAGAAGGAGUAUGAAGCAAUGAAACUGGUGAACAUGUUUGACAAACUCUCCAGACAGCAAGUCAUCCAGCCAAUGAGUGUAACUCCAGAGGGCAAUCUGACCGCUCUUGAUUUAGCCUCAAUAGAGGAUGCUGUUCAACCAACAGAUGAGGACAGGGCAUCACAUGACUCCGAUCUGGCGUUGGACUGAAGCUCUCCUUUUCCCUAAAAACCUAGGGACCCUCUACUCUCCCUCCUUGGCCGGUGCUGUACCAAGAGACUAGUUCCAGGAAAGGAUACUCUGUGGGCUGCACACCCACUGCCUAGGCCGGUGUGACAUCUGCCUUUUCUCUAGACCUAUAAGUACUGCUUCCCCAGAGAGCUCUUCACAGUUUGGUUUCUGUCUUGGUCUCUUCCCCUCAGUGUCCAUAAGAAUCUGACACACUCCCAGGACUUUCUAGUAGGAAUUUUAUGAAGAUUGUGUAGGAGGGAGAGAGGGGAGGGCAGCCUCAUUACACCGAGAGGGCUGUGAGUGCAGAUACUUGCGUGAGAAGCAAAUGUGGUUCUACAUGCAUAGAAGUGCAUGUGUGUUUGCAGGUGGAAGUAUGUGUUGAUACUUGUGCCAAGCACAUAUGUAGCAACCAUGCUUAUGUCCUUCUUUUUAAGAACACGUGGAUACACUGUGAAUGUGUACACGGAAGAAAACAUGGCUGGAUAUUCUAUAGGAAUGUGAGAACCAGGCUAAACCUGCAUUCUUUUUUUACACGUGUUACAUUGAACUGUAUACAGCUGGAAGUUUACAUGUGGAAUGCGUAGGCAAUCUAAGACACAAUCACGGAUGUACAGAAACAUGUAGGUAAGUACAGGUACGCAAAAGCAUACGUGGGGGAUCUGAGAAACAGAAAUGUCCUUUGCUCGUCCAAGCAGAGUUAACUCUGGGCCGGAAAGGCUUUGGCCCUUAGAGCGUUCACAGCUUUGUGCUCUGUUCCUCUUUCUACCAGUUUUCUGAACUUAGUCUUCUGAACGCCCCUCACCCUUUGUGCUCUCCAGACAAAAGGCAGUGACAAAUUGCUUGGUUCUACUCUAUCUGCUUCCAUCCCGUGUGUCCACAGCACUGUGCAUUCCGCUUUCACUGGUUGCAUUUGGGUACUUGCAUCAUUCAUUCUGAUUUUAGACUUUUCCAUUUGAAGAAGCAACCCCAUGUUCCAACUUGUUUCUGCUUUACCAACAAUUUCUGAACU